AUGGGCCGCCGCCCAAAUGGGUCAGAGAGGAUGGAUCCGAAGAAUGAAGCAGCCACUGUGAUAAAGCCCAUCUCGAUUGCGACCCACUUUCCUCCUAAGAAGUCUAUUGUGUACAUUGUGAUUGUAGCAGAUCCGUUGAGCUGGUUCACGCCACUCAAGAUCUGCAACAUCAAUAACCGAAGCAACCACCUGGUUUUUAGGAAAGUCGGACAACUUUACCAGUGUUGGGCAUAUUAUAUGGUGGCUGAUGCCCAGCUGAACAAAAAAGAGAAGACUGGUGGCUCCAACUUCAGGAAGCCAUGA